CCUGACGGUUUAUCCUCCAUUUUUCCCACCACUGCACCCCAUGAAUCCAAUCAACUGAAAACUUCUGAAACCCAAAUCAAAGCUUCGAUUCGCGAGAAUGCAUCCAAGAAAGCUUCUCCUUUUCUCUCUUCUCUCCAUCAUCUUCCAUCUUUCAAGCUCAUCAUCAUCAUCAGAAGCCUUCAGCUUUGACUUCCCAUAUUUCACUCUCAGGAAUCUCACCCUUCUUGGCGACUCCUAUCUAAGAAACGGCGUCGUAGGCCUCACCAGAGAGCUCGGAGUCCCGUCGUCGAGUUCGGGUUCGGUAAUCUACAACAACCCAAUUCGUUUCUUUGAUAAAGAUUCAAACGCCACUGCUUCUUUUUCCACCAAAUUUUCGUUUUCAAUCGACAAUGUUAACCCGGCGUCGUUUGGGGAUGGAUUGGCCUUCUUUAUCUCCCCUGAUAACCAGACUUUGGGGAGCCCGGGAGGGUUUUUGGGGCUAGUGAAUUCCUCGCAGUUUACCAAGAACAAAUUUGUGGCUGUGGAGUUUGAUACGAGGCAGGAUUUGCAUUUCAAUGAUCCUGAUGGGAAUCAUGUGGGAUUGGAUAUCGAAAGCCUCGUGUCGAUCAAGACUGCCAAUGUGAUGCAGGCAGGCAUCAAUUUGAAGAGUGGGGAUUGGAUUACAGUUUGGAUUGAUUACAAGAAUGAGGAGAAGAAGCUGGAGGUUUUCUUGAGCCAAUCAAAUUCCAAGCCUGAAAUUGCCUUACUGACAGUUGAUAUUGAUCUGUGUGGGUUCCUAAAGGAGUUUAUGUAUGUAGGGUUUUCAGGUUCUACUGAGGGGAGCACAGAGUUGCAUUAUAUUGAGAGCUGGAGUUUUCAGAGCUCUGGGUUUAAGGAAUUGAGGCCAAGAAUUCACCCAAAUAAUGUGGCUGUUAAUUCUGUUCCUCCCUUGAAGGCUCCUCCCAUUCCUGUUUCUGAUUCUGCAGGGAAUAGUUAUCACAAGAGGCUAGGUUUGGGGCUUGGGAUUGCUUGCCCAGCCUUCUUCUGUGCUGUUCUUGCAGUAUUUGGUUGGGUUUCUGUGAAGAGAUGGAAGGGGAUGAAGAAGACAGAGAAGGGCUUCAAAGCAGAUCUUGUGACACAUCCCAGACAGUUCAGUUACAAGGAGCUAAAUGCAGCCACUAGAUGGUUCAAUUCCAGCAGGAUUAUAGGGCAUGGAUCAUUUGGCACUGUGUACAAGGCGUUUUUCGUGGAUUCGGGGAAUAUAGCUGCAGUGAAAAGAUCAAAGCAUGCACACGAGAGUAGAACCGAGUUCAUUGCAGAAUUGACAAUUAUAGCUAGCUUGAGGCACAAAAACCUAGUUCAGCUCCAAGGGUGGUGUGUUGAGAAGGAUGAAUUGCUUCUUGUGUAUGAGUUUAUGCCAAAUGGGAGUCUUGAUAAGGUGCUAUAUGAAGAAUCUGAGCAAGGGUACCCUCUUAGAUGGCCUUACAGAUACAAUAUCGCGGUUGGGUUAGCCUCAGUUCUCACCUACCUGCAUCAAGAAUGUGAGCAGCAGGUGAUCCACAGGGACAUAAAAGCCAGCAACAUAAUGCUGGACUCGGGCUAUAACGCGAGGCUGGGAGAUUUUGGUUUGGCCAGGCUUCUGGAUCACGACAAGAGUCCUGUCUCGACCCUCACAGCUGGAACGAUGGGGUACCUUGCACCUGAAUAUCUUCAGUAUGGGACAGCAACCGAAAAGACUGAUGUCUUCAGCUAUGGUGUGGUUAUUCUGGAAGUGGCUUGUGGGAGGAGGCCUAUUGUGAGGGAAGGAGAAGGCGAGAAAAUGGCGAAUUUGGUCGAUUGGGUUUGGAGGCUCCACUCUCAAGGAAGGAUAAUCGAAGCAGCAGAUAAAAGGCUUGGUGGGGAAUUCAGAGAGGAGGAAAUGAAGAAACUGCUUCUUGUAGGCCUAAGCUGUGCAAAUCCUGAUAGCAAUGAAAGGCCUUCCAUGAGAAGAGUUUUUCAAAUUCUUAGCAAUGAAGCUGAUGCUGUGGAUGUUCCAAGAGUUAAGCCUACUCUCACUUUCUCUAAAAGUCUCCCACUUAGCAUCGAUGACAUCUUUUCUGACAACGAAGAUUGCAGGGAUCAUGGAAGCCCCAUAGAGAUCAAACUCAAAUGAAGAUACACACUUGGUUUAGUUUCCUCAAAUUUCAUGUUUCCUUAAUUCAUUGUUGUUCUUUUUCUGCAACUAAUAGGAGGUUAGCUGGUAAAUUCUUUCUUAGCUUCAUUCACAGAUUGUAAGAUGAGAUGAUAUAAGCUUAGAGCCUGAGUUCAAAGCCAUUCCA